AAUGAGUGAAAGACAUUCAUUCUAAGCUAAGACGUGGAGUUCAAACCUUUACACUGGAGGAUCUGAUGGUUUAAUGCAAUCCAAACAUGAAUGUUAAAAUCGUGACUGCACUUCUCAUCUUGGCAGUUGCCACCAUUUUAGCUUUGGUUUCUGUCCUUUUGUUUGUAUCCAAAACAAAAUCCUGUAAUUCUGGGAAUCAGAAAACAUCUGUUUUGAAGCAUAAUGACCAGAGCUUGAUAUUUUCAGACCUAACACAUGCAGAACUUGAUCAGGUGGUGGCAUACCUUAAGAAGAACAUCAAGGAGAAUCUGGUGGACAUCUCCAAAGCUGACCCUUCUUCCAACUGUAUAUAUUCCGUGGAACUACUGCCUCCCAGCAAAAAAGAUGCCUUAUUGUAUCUGGAUAAAGGAGGACCUAAGCCCAGGAGAGAAGCAAUGGCUGUGGUAUAUUUUGGAAGUCAUUCCGAACCCGAAAUAAAGGAGUAUGUGGUGGGACCUUUACCAAAUCCUACAUACAAGAAUGAUGUUACCCUUCAAAGAUAUAAAGGAAAACUGCCAUAUCACCGUAGACCGGUCAUUGGCAGUGAAUACAAUCAGAUACGACAGCACUUUCUUUUCAAAGAGUACCCCAAAGCAAAAAGUUUCCUUAAGGAAGUAUUGGGCUAUAAUGAGUCAGACAGUGAAUAUUUUGCUGCUUUGACCAGUGCUCCAAGAGGCUUUGCAUCUGGAGAAAGGCAAACCUGGUUUGGUAUCUUCCUUAACACUCAGGGUAGUGGAUUUUUCCUGCAUCCAACUGGGUUAGAACUUCUGUUUAACCAUCAGAACCUGGACUAUAAUAAGUGGAGUGUGGAAAAGGUGUUUUAUAAUGGUGAGUACUUGCAAAGUUUGUCUGAAUUGGAGGAGAAAUAUAAGAAGGGACAGUUGAAGGUAGUUAAGAUGAAAAAGCCACACCAUAAGGAUGACAUUGCUUCUCUGAAUCCCCAAAAACAAAAAAGUUCAGUCUCUGAUAUCCCUCUGCAAUAUGAACCACAAGGUUCCCGAUUCAGCAUCAAGAACAACCAGGUCUUGUUCCACCACUGGAGUUUUGCAUUCGGGGUUAAUGUGAACAGAGGACUCAGGUUAUAUGACAUCAAGUUUAGGGGGGAAAGGAUUGUUUAUGAGCUUAGCAUCCAAGAAGCUGUAUCUCUCUAUGGGUCCAAUGCUCCUACUGGAAUGUCAACUAGGUACAUGGAUGGACACUUUGGCAUUGGUCGUUCGAUCUUCCAGUUGGUUCGUGGCAUUGACUGCCCUUACUUUGCAACAUUUAUAGAUACCCAUUACUUGCUAGACGCAGACAGCCCAGUUCUUAACAAAGGAUCCAUCUGCAUAUUUGAACUUAACACUGGCAUUCCUUUGAGACGACACUUCUCAAGUCUUGGUUCUUCUUACUAUGGUGGUUUGGCCAACACUGUUUUGAUCAUAAGAACAAUUGCCACCGUUGGAAACUAUGACUAUGUGUUUGACUUCAUGUUCUAUCAAAAUGGGGCUAUUGAGUCAAAGGUUUCUGCAUCAGGAUAUAUAAGUACAUCUUUCUUCAUGGAUGGAGGUGCACAGCAUGGAAACAGGGUAGGGCCUUAUACUCUGGGGACCAUCCAUACACAUUUUAUAAACUAUAAGGUGGACCUGGAUGUCGGAGGAAUAAAUAAUUCUUUGGUUGCUCAUGAUAUGGAGUUUCAAGAUCAGGUUGUUCCCUGGAAUCCAGAAUGGAAAUUGCAGCAAACUAUGCUCACCAAGAAAGUUCUGGCGUCUGAAAACCAGGCAGCAUUUAAGCAGCAUGACCCCAUGCCUCGUUAUAUGCAGUUUGCCAGCAAACAGAAGAAUAAGUGGGAUCAUGAACGUUCCUUUAGGAUCCAGAUGGUCAGCUUUGCAGGAGACUAUCUUCCAGAGAAGAGUUCUGUCCACAACGCAAUGAAUUGGGCUAAGUAUAAGCUGGCUGUAACCAAACACAAAGAGGAAGAACAUACGAGCAGCAGCAUUUAUAACCAAAAUGACCCAUGGUCACCAACAGUUCAGUUCUCUAACUUUAUUAACAAUGAAAAUAUUAAAGACGAGGAUUUGGUGGCUUGGAUAACAACUGGCUUCCUGCACAUUCCUCAUGCAGAGGACAUCCCCAACACAGUGACAGCCGGAAAUGGAGUGGGCUUCUACCUCAGACCUUACAACUAUUUCAAUGAGGAUCCUUCAGUCUUUUCAGAAGAUGCUGUGUAUUUCCAUCCAAAUGAAGACCUAACUUCAUGUAGUGUCAACCCUCUAGCCUGUUUAUCUCAAACAGCCUCAUGUGCUCCUAAAGUGCCUCCAUUUACUUACAAAGGGUUUGAUAACGAGUAUAUUGUACUCUAGGAAAAUUGAUAUUGCUGGGGACUGUAAAACACACAUUUAGGUUUUUAAGAGUAAACAAUAAUAAUUGAUAAACAUGUCUAUAAUAUCACUAAAUUGACACUUUUAAGAUAUGUGCUGAUUUAAUUCCGGGUUAGAUGAGAAUUCCCGACUACUGUGGACAUUCUUGACCAGUUUUCAGUAGAGUAGAAGGCAGCCGCAUAUUGUUGACGGUCUUAUCAACAUUACAUCUUAGGUAGGUAUCUGCAUGUCCUUGGACUACUAUGUGUAAAGCUGGUCAUACACAUUCGAUUCACCACCAUAUGUUUGGAAAGUGAAGGGCAGUUGGAUUUUAACAGACACAGUUUUUUUUCCCUGAAAAAACUAACUGCUGCCAAUAGUGUCUGGAAGUCUCUUACUUCCCUCUCCCUUUUCACGACACAUAGAGGCUCAGCCUAGCUGAUCUUGCAUGUGUAUGGGGAGGUAGGGAGAGACAGAAAUAUAAACGCAACACUUUCGGUUUUGCUCCCAUUUUGCAUGAGCUGAACUCAAAGAUCUGAAACAUUUUCUACAUACACAAAAGACCUAUUAC